UGAACGUCGCUUAAUGAAGGCUGAACUGCUGAUCUCACUCAGAAUGUCUCUGACUGUUUCCCUGCUGUUUCUGCUCUUCAUCCCUGGAGUUGUUGCUCAGGAUGGCUGGGCUGUGAAUUACAACUCAAAAUCUGUCUGUGCUCUAAAGGGGUCUGCAUUAACCAUGGAGUGCACUUACACACCUCCAAGUGGUCACUCAGUCCAAAAGGCUUUCUGGACUAAAGAGCUGGUUACAUCUGGUUCAGAACCUCCUGAUCUGUCAGAUGAUCCAGAGUACAGAGGCAGAGUUCAGUACCUCGGAGAUGAACACAGUGACUGCACUCUCAGAUUUAAAACUGUGAGAGAAAAGGAUCAAAGUAAAUACUACUUCACAUUUAUAACAGACCAACCUGGAGGAAAGUAUCAAGGUGCAGGUGGAGUUGAUCUUUCAAUCACAGAUCUCCAGGUGGAGGUUCCUGAGAGAGUGAUAGAGGGAGAUAAAGUCACUCUCACAUGUAAAACCACCUGCAGACUGACAGUCACACCAACAUUCACCUGGUACAGAAAUGGACAUCAUUUAUCCUCCAGUACUGACCAACUCCACCUGCAGUCGGUCAGCAGGGAGGAUGCAGGCAGGUAUCACUGUGCUGUACUGGGUCUGAACUCUCCUGAGGUCACUCUGAAUGUCAGAUAUCCUCCAAAGAGCGUCUCAGUGUCCAUCAGUCCCUCUGGUGAAAUAGUGGAGGGCAGUUCAGUGAAUCUGACCUGCAGCAGUGAUGCAAACCCACCUGUGCAGAAAUACACCUGGUUUAAAGGAACAUCAUCAGUAGCAAAAGGAGAGACUUACACAAUGAACAUGAUCAGCUCUGUGGACAGUGGAGAAUACAAGUGCAGAUCCAGUAAUGAACAUGGAGAGAAACUCUCUGAAGCUCUAACUCUGAAUGUUUUGUAUCCUCCAAAGAGCGUCUCAGUGUCCAUCAGUCCCUCUGGUGAAAUAGUGGAGGGCAGUUCAGUGAAUCUGACCUGCAGCAGUGAUGCAAACCCACCUGUGCAGAACUACACCUGGUUUAAAGGAACAUCAUUAGUAGCAAAAGGAGAGACUUACACAAUGAACAAGAUCAGCUCUGUGGACAGUGGAGAAUACAAGUGCAGAUCCAGUAAUGAACAUGGAGAGAAACUCUCUGAAGCUCUAACUCUGAAUGUUUUGUAUCCUCCAAAGAGCGUCUCAGUGUCCAUCAGUCCCUCUGGUGGAAUAGUGGAGGGCAGUUCAGUGACUCUGACCUGCAGCAGUGAUGCAAACCCACCUGUGGAAUAUAAGUGGUUUAACGGAACAUCAUUAGUAGCAAAAGGAGAGACUUACACAAUGAACAAGAUCAGCUCUGUGGACAGUGGAGAAUACAAGUGCAGAUCCAGUAAUGAACAUGGAGAGAAACUCUCUGAAGCUCUAACGCUGAAUGUUUUGUAUCCUCCAAAGAGUGUCACAGUGUCCAUCAGUCCCUCUGGUGAAAUAAUGGAGGGCAGUUCAGUGACUCUGACCUGCAGCAGUGAUGCAAACCCACCUGUGCAGAACUACACCUGGUUUAAAGGAACAUCAUUAGUAGCAAAAGGAGAGACUUACACAAUUAACAAGAUCAGCUCUGUGGACAGUGGAGAAUACAAGUGCAGAUCCAGUAAUGAACAUGGAGAGAAACUCUCUGAAGCUCUAACUCUGAACGUUUUGUAUCCUCCAAAGAGUGUCUCGGUGUCCAUCAGUCCCUCUGGUGAAAUAGUGGAGGGCAGUUCAGUGACUCUGACCUGCAGCAGUGAUGCAAACCCACCUGUGGAAUAUCACUGGUUUGAAGGAACAUCAUUAGUAGCAAAAGAAGAGGCUUACACAAUAAACAAGAUCAGCUCUGUGGACAGUGGAGAAUACAAGUGCAGAUCCAGUAAUGAACAUGGAGAGAAACUCUCUGAAGCUCUAACUCUGAAUGUUUUGUAUCCUCCAAAGAGCAUCUCAGUGUCCAUCAGUCCCUCUGGUGAAAUAGUGGAGGGCAGUUCAGUGACUCUGACCUGCAGCAGUGAUGCAAACCCACCUGUGGAAUAUAAGUGGUUUAAAGGAACAUCAUUAGUAGCAAAAGGAGAGACUUACACAAUGAACAAGAUCAGCUCUGUGGACAGUGGAGAAUACAAGUGCAGAUCCAGUAAUGAACAUGGAGAGAAACUCUCUGAAGCUCUAACUCUGAAUGUUUUGUAUCCUCCAAAGAGCGUCUCAGUGUCCAUCAGUCCCUCUGGUGAAACAGCAGAGGGCAGUUCAGUGAAUCUGACCUGCAGCAGUGAUGCAAACCCACCUGUGCAGAACUACACCUGGUUUAAAGAAGGUGGAAGCUCACCUGUAGGAUCUGGACACAGUUAUAGGGCUCUACAGAGUGGAUCCUACUACUGUGUGGCUCAGAAUGAACACAGAUCUCAGAGAUCAGCUGCAGUGACUGUCACUGAAAAAGGGGGAACAGGGGUUUUGAUCACAGUUUUAUGCAUUGUCCUUGGAGUGGUAGCUGGAGUGGUAGCUCUUUUCUACAUAGUUUUUUGUGUAAGGAGAAACGGAAAAGGGAGUACAGCUACAUGCAAAACACAGGAGAGUUACUACAGCAACUUGGGAACUCAGCGAGGAGCAACAACCAGUGAUGCAACACCUGAUCCAGAUCUGUCCAAUCAGGAUGAUGUUCAUUAUGCCAGUGUUGUACUCCAUAAAGUCAGAAACCCCAGGAAUGCUGAGAGCUCUGCAGUGACAGCUUCUGCCUCUGAUGAAGAGGUUCAGUACGCCAGCAUCCAGCACCGCCAUGACAAAGUGGCAGAGAUGACCGAAGAUGACGAUGUUCAGUAUGCUAGUGUAAGAUUUACUCGCACUGGUGCUACCCACAGGUCUGCAGUUUCCACCUAUGAUGAUGUCUCAGUGAUCUACAGUACUCUGAAAUAAACAAUUUGCAAUUCUGUUCAGAACAUUAUCACCCAUGGACUCAACUUUUAUUUAAAGGAAAAAGGACUCAGUCUAUCAGUUGGAUGUAAACCACAACAAGCAUUUUGGAGUUCCCCUAUUCUCCUUUAUUCUUUGACAAUUUUGUAAAACAGUCCAUUUGACAGCCAUUUGAUGUUCACUGUUCAUUUCAAAUAGAUACUAUUUACAAGAAGAUGACUAGCUGAAACACUCAAAAUUUGAUUAAACCAUACCAAACCAUUUCAUUUUGGAUAUACAACCCAAAAGAAAAACCUCAUGAUCCAUUUGCUUGGGGCUGAACCAACACUUUCCCCCUUGUAUUUAUUCUAAAUGUUCAAAGGAGACUGCCCAAAACAUUCUGAAAAUUUAAUACAGCCCUAUCUUUUGACCCAAGACCAUGUGCAGGACCCUUCUGCAACCUGUACAGGUCAACAGGCACAACUGCAAUCACUUCUUAGAGAAUAUUAAG